AUGUUCAAACAAGUAUGUCCAGAAUCUCUAAAUUGCGGAUAUUUAAACAAAUGCAUAAAUGGGAUGUGUAUACACGAUCCCAUAUUCCCAAUGUCCCUCUAUGCUACCCUAGUGUACAUCCUAUGCCCAGUAUUGUUGGGACUUGGAAUGACUGGAGGAUUAGGAGGAGGAGUAUUGAAAGGACCCAUUCUCUUAAUGAUGCUUGAUUAUGAAUAGAGUUAUGCAACUUAGUUAUCUUAUUGCUUAAUGUUUGGCGGGUGUGUCAUAAAUACAUUUCUAUUGAUGAAGAAAUCACAUCCCUAUGAUUAGAAAAGACCAUUAGUAAAUUACGAUCUAGUAGUCAUUUUAAAUUGCUCAAUAGCACUUGGAUCUUAUUUAGGCAGUAUCCUAAACGUAUUUUUGGCUCCCAUAAUUGAAACAAUGUUCUAAUAAAUAUUUUUGAUCAUCGUAAUUCCAUUUCUAUUGAAUAAAGCCAAAAAAGAGAAGCUGAGAAAGAUAAGAUGCCAAAGUGAACUUGACUUAGAAAAAUAUUUACUCAAUUAAAAAGAUUCGAUAUAUACUGAAGAACAACAAUUAUUAUUACAAAAUGAAUUCCAGAAUUUUUGCCCAUCUAAAAAGUUGGCCAUAGCCUUAUCCUUCUUUAUUGUUUCAUAAAUAAUUAUGACUGGUGGAAAAUAUCUAAAACCAUUUAUUCCACUAAAUAAAUGCUUUGAUUUUAGAUACAUGUUGUGGAUUAUGUUGUUUAUCGUUAAUAUUUUUAUGUCCAGGUUAGUCUAUACGUAUGGAUUAAAGAAAGAAAUGAUAUUUGAUGAUUAUAAAAUUUAUAUGUAAGAAAGAUAUUUUCAAAAGAAUAGAUUUAUAUUAAUAUAUGUAUCUGGGUUUUUUGCUGGAUUGAUUUCAGGCCUUCUAGCUUUAGGAGCAGGAUUAAUUAUGGUGCCUGUUUUAUUAGAAUUAGGACUACAUCCUAGAAUUGCAACUGCAACAUCAGCUUUUAAUUACUUUUUUAUCGGCUUGACUAAUAUUGUCAAAUUAAUAACUGAUAGUUAAAUUUCGAUAGCAGAAAUCGCUUGGUUUUUCGGAUUAGCACUUGUAUUUGGAACUAUAUGUUGUCAUUUCUCUUUGAAACUUAUUGAAAAAUUACAAUUAGUUCAUUUAGUGAUCUAUUUUACUAUUCUUUUGGCUAUUUUGAAUUUUAUUGCUGGAAUCUACUAUCCCAUUGUGUAAUCAUUAAGAUUUGGAUUUACAAGUCUUUUGUAAUUUGAAUUCCAUUGUUGA